CUCUCGCUCUCUUCCUCUCCCUCUUUCCCUCUCUUGCAUCUCUGGAUCUUUGGUCUAGGUUGAAGGGGAUGGCGCAGAAUCGACCACCGUGGCUCAGGCUCGCCACUCAAUUGAUUGAUCGACCACCACGAACUGCGCCAACGUUGCCGCCCCAAUCUAUGCCAGUGCUGCCACCAGAAACUCCAGCGCCACCACCUCCUACCCCAGUCUCAGCGCCACCACCCCCAGCUCCAGAACCAAAACCACUAGUUGCACCGCCUCCGGCAACAACUGCAACGGCACCGUCACCCCAAGUCCCACAACAGCCAGCACCUGCGCCAAGGCCAGUGCCAAUAGCAACACAACCUUCCCCAGCUGCACGCUCGCCUCCAACAGAGCCGUCAGCAGCACAACAGGCACCAUUGGCUCCACCAGAGCGGCCAGCUCCAGCAACACAAGCGCCACCAACUCCACCUGCACCAGCACCAGCACCAGCACCACUGGGGCCAUCAACUCCACCCGCACCUCCACCAGCGCCAGAACGAGAGCCAUUAGUGCCAUCUCCCAUACCAGCACAACUUUCACGUUCGGCUCCGCCAGCACCACCGCCUCCAAUUCCAUCAAGGCCAGCACCCGGACCACAAGCGCCAUUUCCUCCACGGGCACUACCAGAUCCAAUGCUACCUCAACCCACAGCGGCUUCAGCAUCAUUAGCGACACCACCUCCGCCUAACGCAUCGGUCACACAACCGCCUGAACCAGCACCACCAGUAUCAUCACCACCUCCGCCUAAAGCAUCAGUCACACAACCGCCUGAACCAGCACCACCAGUAUCAUCACCUCCGCCUAAAUCACCCGCCAAGCAGCCGCCUGAAACUGCACCACCAGCGUCAGUACCUCCGCCUAAAGAACCAGCCACACAAUCGCCAGAACCAGUACUACUAGCAUCAGCACCUCAGCCUAAAGCACCAGCCACACAACCGCCUCAAUCAGUACCCCAGCCUCCGGCCACCAAACCAGCACCACCAACACCCCCAUCACCUACACAACUACGAUCAUCAUCACCUUCGCCGCCCCAACCCCAAGCUUCCCAACCAUUAGACUCCACAAGGACCCCGCCUCAACCUCUACCUCCACCAGCACCGGUGCCUCCGGAAACUCGACCGACGACCCAAUCUACACCAGCCCAGCAGAUAAUGCAACUAACGCUGCCGCAACCCCAAGUUUCCCAACAGCCUCCAUCUCCAACACCAAAGCCAUCUCCACCAACCCCAACUUCUCCGCUUCACAGUCGGUCACCUCCGCCUGCAGCCGACCCAAUGCACGCUCCCUCCUGGCCGCAACUCCAGGAGGGAACCGAAGCGUCUCGUCCUUCUUCCACUCAGCCAAAAUCAGUCUUCAAACCUCCUCCAGUGUCAAUCCCGCAGCCACCAUCACCGGACUCGGGCACUCGCUCCCCACCGCCACCACCUACCCGAGAACAGCCACAUCCUCCUAUAUAUACUGACUCUGUUGUUUCUGCUAUUGUGAAGCUCCAGCCUGAGACUGAAAAAAUUGUGAAAAAAGAAACAGGAACACUCGGCAAGGAGUCGAAGCCCCAGGUCGGCGAAAACGAAACCAAGGACGUCAAGAUGGUCCUCCCAAAAAAUGAUGCACCGCCUUCCUAUUCAGGCGCCGUCGCCGGAACAGGAAGGAGCGACCAUUCCCCGCCACCACAUGUCAGGUUCAAGGAAACCAUCCCAGAUCCGAAGGUGAAAGGUGGCCGAAUAGUUCCCAUACUUGACUUGCAUGACCACGGAAUUGGAGCGGUCACCAUCUCAGGUGACAACAAGGGAGCCACCAUGGACCUAGUCUCCGGUGGCCGGGAAGGGCGAAGGGUCACGGACGAGGACGAGAGUGAGAAGAAGGAAGAAGAGAAAGGCCAGUCUGGAGGAAAAGACGAGGGGCUGACGCAUAACGAACAGGACCAUCACCAUCUUCGCCGUCAUCGUCGUCAUCUUCAGCCUGUUUCGGCCAUAGUCAACAGCAACGUCCAGACGGUGAACAACUCCAUCAUGGUGGGGUGCAACUGCGCUCACAACAACCCGGGGGUCCACCUUGGUCUGACCGGCAAGCGCACUAGCUUCAAGCCACACCAUGGCCACAAGCACGAUGAGCACCCCCCUGAGUCCGACGGCCCAAAGACUCCUCACGCCGGCCAAUAGGAGUUGGGUGCGUCAGGGUCCGAACCAUCUUUGCUGUUGCUUCGGAUUGUGUUGGCCAGGAAUCGGGCCCAACAUACAUAAAGUCUGUCCUCCUUUCUCGCUGAUCUCCAAGAAUAAAAUAAGCAUGUGACCAGUGCAUGUUUCGGACCAUGCAGUCAGUUGUUUGGGGUUCGAUUAAUGACCAAUAAGACAAUAAAAUACGUUCUUUUCA